GUCGAAUUCGAUUCUUCCGGGUUCCGCGACCACCUUGAUUUGACCUCUUCGUAUUCAUUUCCUUCUUUUUGAUCUUUUGACCUAAAUAUCUUUGCUUUUCGUCCGUUUAGAGAGAACCCCCGGCAAUGCCAGGCUCGUUCUGAUUUCAAUGUUGGAAAGCUGUCAGUAACGCGAGUAGCUUUGGCAAGUUCUUGUUCUUACGCUUCGACGUCAUCCACCGCGGACUACAUUCCAGCACCUGGAUGUGAGGCGGAAGAAUCGACGUGGCUCUCGAUCUUACUUCUGCUACUUAUAAUUCUGUCCCAACAUAAAAAUGUUGCCAGAAUGCCAUGGUCCCAUCUGGGCCAUUGAUGACGUUUCCCGUUGCUUUCAGCGCAAAUAUCUGCAACUUAUAUUUCCAUUAGCAGCAUGCGGUCUCUCCUUAUUGUAUAUCGUACUCCGCGUUGUCCAUCGCUACGUUGUGAAAAAGAAGGGAAUCGCUUACACGGUCCUCGCGAACGAUGAAGCCGAGAAUGGAGUAUCCAGUACUGGACCAGUUGAUGAAGAGGACGGAGAGGAAGGAGAGGAAACCGAUCCGAUGUUAUUCAAGGCGACGCAGCUGGAGCAGACGCGAUUGGAGCUCGACCGUCCGCGAGGAGAAAUCGCCAUCAUAGCUUUGGAAAUAGCUGCAUUAGUGGGCUUAGUGACCACGUUUGUCAUCAUACUGAACACCAACGCCUGGGGCGACAAUGGGACGCUUCCAGCUGUGGGAAAGUUGAUUUCAUGGGGCUAUAUACUGUUUUUAGUGCUGGUUCGAUUCACUCUUUCAACUUUGAAGCUGCAAUCGUCUCCUCGGUUGUGGAACCACACUGCGGCCCUUUAUGGUAUGCAAUGGUUGUUCAACCUCUUUGUGUUUCGAUCAACCGUCAUUUACCCCUCGUCGAAACGCGCUUUGACAUUGAGCGCCGUCGAGUUUGCACUGUCCACACUGCUCUUCCUCAUUGCUGUGACCACACGCAGAGGUAACAAGGCAGUUUUGGUGCAACGUGAAGAUGGAUUAGAGCCGCCGAGACAUCCCAAGGCCAGCUUAUUGUCACUAGUGACUUUCUCCUGGUUAGAUCCACUAAUCUGGAAGGGUUACAGACAGCCGCUUGAACUAGACGAUGUCUGGAACUUAACAGCAUCACAAAAAGCUGCUACAGUUUUGGAGGACUUUCGCCGCAAGCAGCCCAAAGGCUCAUUAGUCUGGAGGCUCGGGCGCUAUUUCUACGGCACGCUCCUGCUUCAGGGUGCAUGGACGAUAUUCUCCAAUCUCUUCACCUAUCUGCCGACCCUCCUUCUCAAAGCUAUUCUGGAAUAUGUCGAGGAUCCCAGAUCAACCACCACCAACGCAGCCUGGCUGUACGCGAUCCUUCUUUUUUGCUCUGGAGCUAUCCAAGGUAUCGCUGAUGGACAGGCUCUUUGGAUUGGCCGAAAGCUAGGUGUCAAGCUUCGUGCUAUUAUUAUCGGCGAAAUCUACGCCAAAGCUCUGCGCCGAAAAGCCGGUUCCUCUCCUGAGGCACCAAAGAAGAAGGAAGAAGCUCAGAAGGCCGGCAAAAAGAACAGGAUCUUUUCCUUUGGCCGCAAGCAGAAGAAGAAGGCCACAGUGGAUUCUGAGACUCCAGCUCCAGCAGAGUCCGCCAAGGCAGAUCCGGCUCAGUUGGCCAAUGUCGGCACCAUCAUCAACCUGAUGGCCAUUGACUCUUUUAAGGUCAGCGAAGUGGGCGCCUAUCUUCACUUUCUCUGGGCUAGCGUUCCUGUCCAAAUCAUCAUUGCUGUCACACUUCUGUAUCGACUCCUUGGUUUCAGCUCCUUCGCUGGGAUCGUUCUCAUGGUCCUCAUGCUUCCGGUAAAUCUCUUUAUUGCCAAAAGCUUCGCUAGGUUGCAGAACCAGAUCUUGGCUGGAACUGAUGCACGUAUCCACGCAACCAACGAGGUCCUUCAAAACAUUCGUAUUGUUAAAUAUUUCGCUUGGGAACAGCGUUUCGAAGAUAUUAUUGACGAGAAGCGCAGAGCGGAGUUGAAAUCGCUACGGAAUCGCUACAUUCUGUGGUCAUUCGCCGCAACGGUUUGGUACGGCACACCAAUUCUCAUCACCUUCACCUCAUUCUUCUUGUAUACCGUGGUUGAAAAGAAGAAACUGACACCAUCGGUCGCUUUCCCGGCUUUGUCUAUGUUCUCCUUACUCCGCGUACCCUUGGAUCAGCUGGCCGAUAUGGUUGCUCAUGUUCAAGAAUCAAAAGUCUCCCUAGACCGUGUGGAUACAUAUCUCAAUGAAGAGGAGACAGAGAAGUACAGAAUAUUGAGCACAGGCACGGAUCCUGAAACGACGCCUAAAAUUGCAUUGGAGAACGCUACUCUUUCCUGGGGCACUCCCAAGAAAGACAGCCAUGGGGACGCCUCUGACAACGGGGAGGCCUUCCGUUUGAUCAAUAUGAACGUGUCCUUCCAUAUUGGUAAACUCAAUAUCAUCGCUGGGCCCACUGGUUCUGGAAAGACGUCCUUAUUGAUGGCACUUUUGGGUGAAAUGAAACUGCUAGAAGGCCGAGUCCAUAUACCUGGCGGAACGGCCAAUCGAGCUGAAUUGCCCGCUGAUCCCCAAACUGGACUCAUUGAGAGUGUCGCAUACUGUGCACAAGAAGCAUGGCUUGUCAACGCUACGGUCAAAGAGAACAUUGUGUUCGCUUCUCCUUUUGAUGAGAGUCGCUACAGGGCCGUUAUCAAAGCCUGUGCUCUCGAGCGCGACUUGUCCAUUCUCGACGCGGGCGAUCAAACCAUGGUUGGCGAGAAAGGUAUCAGUCUUUCUGGAGGACAGAAGCAGAGAAUCUCACUGGCUCGCGCUAUCUACAGCAGGGCUCGUCAUCUGUUGCUCGACGACUGUCUCAGUGCCGUGGACUCUCACACUGCAAAGCACAUUUUCCGAGAGGCUCUCAGAGGUCCACUGAUGAUGAACCGAACCUGUGUACUUGUAACUCACAACGUCGCUCUGACAGUUCCUCAAGCCGAUUUUGUCGUCGCCCUCGACAAUGGUAAGAUUACCGCUCAAGGUCGCCCAGAUGAUAUCGCUAGCUCGGGCGUUUUUGGCGAAGACUAUUUCAAGUCUCGGCCCACCUCGAGAGCCAGUACCCCUCGUUUAUCACGCAUGCCAUCUGACGGGGGUGACGGACACACGGAGGAACAGCCCUCAACAAACGGGAAGGUGAACGGAUCUAGUAAACCGACUACGCAGGAUCAGAAAGGGGACAAUGUACAGUCGAAGCUGACUGAAUCAAAAGCUGUCGGAAGUAUCAAGUGGUCGACCAUUCAGCUUUACCUCAGAUCGAUGGGUCCCUGGUACUACUGGAUAAGUGCUGCUCUUGUCUUCAGCUUGCAGCAAGUGGGAUCGGUCUCGACCAACAUCUGGAUCAGACAGUGGGCGAAUUCCUAUCAGGUUGAAGCAAAUGACUCAGUUGAUGCUGGCACUUACGCUGCUGCGACAACAUUCAAAUUCCCGUCGUUUAAUGCUGGGGGCGUUCCGCGCACUUCCAACUCUUACGUUCCCCAGUUCGGUGUUCAACGAAGUCCAGCGGCCGAUGGCGAUGUCAAGGUCUCCUACUAUUUGGGAGUCUACGCACUUCUAGGAAUUGGCUACGUCCUAAUCUCCCUAUUGAGGGAGGGUGUUCUCUUCUGGGGCUCUCUCAACGCAUCUUCCCGGAUCCACAGGCGCCUUCUAGAUACCGUGAUGCAUGCCAAGUUCAAGUUCUUCGAUUCAACCCCGCUGGGUCAGUUGAUGAACCGGUUCUCCAAGGAUAUAGAAGCUGUCGACCAAGAAGUCGCCCCUGUCGCUAUUGGUAUGAUUCACUGCUUGGCUUCCGUCAUUAUGAUAGUGAUUUUGAUCUCUGUCAUAACUCCUGGUUUCCUGAUCGCGGCGAUCUUCAUAUCUAUGGUCUAUUUCGCUCUAGGGGCCGUUUAUCUCAACGCGUCUCGUGAUAUGAAGAGACUGGAGUCAGUACAGCGAAGUCCUCUUUACCAGCAGUUCGGCGAGACCUUGAACGGCGUCGUCACCAUUCGUGCGUAUGGCGAUGGUCCGCGGUUCAUAGUCGACAAUCACCGGCACAUCAAUGCCUACAACCGUCCCCACAUAUAUCUCUGGGCUGCAAAUCGCUGGCUGGCAUUCCGUGUGGACAUCACUGGCGCCUUAGUUUCGUUCUUCACAGCCACUUUCGUUCUGAUCAAUGUCGGGAACAUUGACGCUGGUGCUGCUGGCCUGUCGCUCACGUAUGCAGUUACUUUCACCGAGAACGUUCUGUGGCUGGUUCGCCUGUACUCGGAGGUUCAGCAGAGCAUGAACUCGGUUGAACGAGUGAAAGAGUACCUUGACGUUGAGCAAGAAGCCAAGGCAGUAAUUGUCGACUCGAGGCCGCCCGCCGACUGGCCCACUGGAGGCGCCGUCGAAUUUAUCAAUUACACUACCCGGUAUCGGGCUGACCUUGAUCCUGUCCUUCGAAGUGUGUCGUUUGCAGUCAAGCCCGGCGAAAAAGUCGGUAUCGUUGGCCGCACAGGUGCCGGGAAAAGCUCCCUCGCCCUUGCGCUUUUCCGAGGACUUGAGGCAGAGCAGGGUCAGAUUCUCAUCGACGGACUAGACAUCGGCACCAUUGGACUCCGCGACUUGCGGGAAGCAAUUACGAUUGUGCCCCAGGAUCCAACUCUUUUUACAGGGACUAUUCGAAGCAACCUUGAUCCGUUCCACCUAUUCAGCGAUGAACAGAUCUUCACAGCCCUUCGUCGUGUCCACCUCAUCGGGUCGGGAACGUCAGGAUCGGCAACUCCUAUCACGGCUAGCACCGGGUCAGUCGCCGAACCGCACUUCAUAUCGGCCCAUGGAGCCGACGUGGAUGGCGCCGCUGUUCAAGACAAUAAGAAUAUCUUCCGCAACCUGGAGUCUCCAGUCUCCGAAUCAGGCUCGAAUCUGUCUCAAGGCCAGAGGCAGCUUCUGUGCCUUGCGCGCGCCCUUUUGAAGAACCCCAAGGUUCUGAUGAUGGAUGAGGCGACCGCAUCUAUUGACUACAACACUGAUUCCAAGAUCCAAGAAACGUUGCGGGAAUUGCGAGAGAGCACCAUUAUCACAAUUGCACACCGCCUACAAACCAUCAUUGACUAUGAUAAAGUCUUAGUGCUUGAUCAUGGCCGGGUCAUUGAGUACGAUCAUCCCUGGACGCUGAUCAACAAGCAAGAUGGGAUGUUCCGUAGCAUGUGCGAGAACAGUGGCAAUCUAGAGGUCCUCUUGGACGGUGCGAAAAAGGCAUGGGAAAACAAGCGCCUUGUUGAUGACUCAUAGAGCUCUAUACAUACAUACUGCCUGUUAAUCAGUUCCUUUCUCUUCCUCGUUUGGGUUCCUGUUACAAAUAUAGGGACCAAAAGUCGCGUAUAUCUUUUUUUGGGAGGCCACCUUAUUAUCAUGUUCAUAUUUGG